CAGACGUGUUUAUUGAAAAUAUAAUCAUUCCAAUUCUUGCUCUGUAAGUGAAGCAUCUAUUCAGAUACAUGGAUUAUGCACUGUAGAGGAUAUGAACAUGCAUCAGACCUGAGUCCGAGUGGAUUAAUUGCAUAUCCAAACCCCGUGUGUUAUAGUACUACUAAACAUGAGGAAAUAUUUUCGCUUAAUGUUUCGCUUUUCACUUCUUUGCAUGGGUAUUACCGCAUAUUUGCUUAUUGCAACAUUAGUUGAUGUAGCGCUUGAUAAUGAAACAAUCAAUCAGAAAGACGACAAUGGACUGGUAGAGAGCAAUGGUGUCACAUUUGCCCGUCAUGGUGUGGCAUUGAGAGAUUCAAACGAAUCUGGAUAUAAUGGACCAGGAUUUGCCGGGGAUUGGAAUAACACGAAAGAUAAGGUUCAGCAAAGUGUAGAUCACAUAUCCCUACUGAACCAAAUAAAAGAAAAGGCUCUUGCAAGGAAGGAUGGGUCCCAACAUGACCUGGAAGGUGUUCAGGUACAGUUGCCAAGUGACAAGGAGGUAGACAGUGAGAGACUCCGCCAUAAACAAGUCUCGGACAUACCAUAUCCACAGUUUGUUAAAGACAGCCCCGAAAAUGGUCCGGGAGAAUUUGGUGUGCCUUACAUUCCUAAACUUAACACCACAGAGAAGAAAGUAAUGGACAAAAUGUUCCGUGUGCAUUACUUCAACGUCUACGUCAGUGACAGAAUCUCCGUACACCGACGUCUGCGGGACACGAGGUCACAAGAAUGUAAGGCUCAAACAUUCCGCCCAAACCUGUCCAUGGCGAGCGUCAUCAUUUGCUUCAAAGACGAGGCAUGGUCGGUGCUGCUUCGGACAGUCCACAGUAUCCUGGACAGAUCACCAUCACAUCUGCUGCGGGAGAUUAUCCUCGUAGAUGAUUUCUCUUCGUCUGAUUAUCUUAAAGGUCCCCUGGAAAGAUAUAUGUCGGAUUAUCCUCUGGUGAAGAUUCUGAGGACAACCAAACGGGAGGGUCUGACCCGAGCCCGACUGAUGGGGUAUGAGAUCGCCAGGGGUCCUGUCCUAGUCUUCCUAGACUCGCAUGUAGAGUGCUUCCCAGGCUGGCUGGAACCCCUGCUUGAUCGCAUCGCUGAGAACCCGAAGAACGUUCCCUUCCCGCAUAUUCCCUACAUUGACAAGGACCACUUUGGCAGUUUCGCCUCUAUGGACAAUCAGAUAGGGGUAUUCAACUGGCAGAACCUUAUUUUCACCUGGAUCUUCAUCCCAGAGAGCGUGGAGAAACUGCGCAAGUCCACUGCUGAUCCUAUAAGGUCAGCCACUAUGCCGGGAGGUUUGUUUGCCAUUGACAGGAAUUACUUCACAACACUUGGCACCUAUGACCCUGCACUCCUGUACUGGGGAGGGGAAAACAUGGAACUCUCAUUCAAGAUCUGGAUGUGUAAUGGAACCAUCGAGCUAAUUCCAUGUUCCCAAGUUGGACAUAUCUUCCGUUAUCAGAACCCCAUUAAAUGGAGCAGCACAGGCGUCAACGUUCUCAAGAGGAACUACAUGAGAGUUGCGGAGGUGUGGAUGGACGACUACAGGAGU